CCAUCUGGGCAUGCUCAGAGCUCCGCCGCCUGCCCGUACCCUCAGCUACGUGUGCGCGCAGGGGGCCGGUGCGCUACUGCCGCCCGGGAGACGCGAAUUGCGUACGCUUCGGACGCGUUGGGAGCGGUGCUGCAGGGCGAUGGAGCAGUUGAAGGUGGAGAAGUUCCGUACUGCCGACCGGGGGAACGGGCUGCGCGCCGUGGUUCCGCUGCGCCCGGGAGAGCUGCUGUUCCGCUCAGACCCCUUGGCGUACACGGUGUGCAAGGGCAGUCGCGCAGUCGUCUGCGACCGCUGCCUCCUCGGGAAGGAAAAACUGAUGAGGUGUUCUCAAUGCCGAGUGGCCAAGUACUGUAGUGCUAAGUGUCAGAAAAAAGCAUGGCAAGACCACAAGCGGGAAUGCAAAUGCCUUAAAAGCUGCAAACCUAGAUAUCCUCCAGAUUCCGUCCGACUUCUUGGCAGAGUUGUUUUCAAACUUAUGGAAGAAACACCCUCUGAAUCGGAGAAACUUUACUCAUUUUAUGAUCUAGAGUCAAAUAUUAACAAACUUACUGAAGAUAAGAAAGAGGGCCUCAGGCAACUUGUAAUGACAUUUCAACAUUUCAUGAAAGAAGAAAUACAGGAUGCCUCUCAGCUGCCACCAUCUUUUAACAUUUUUGAAGCCUUUGCAAAAGUGAUCUGCAACACUUUCACCAUUUGCAAUGCAGAGACGCAGGAAGUUGGUGUUGGCUUGUAUCCUAGUGUGUCUUUGCUCAACCACAGCUGUGACCCCAACUGCUCGAUUGUGUUCAAUGGUCCUCACCUCCUGCUGCGUGCGGUCCGUGACAUUGAGGCGGGAGAGGAGCUCACCAUCUGCUACCUGGACAUACUGAUGACCAGUGUGGAACGUCAGAAGCAGCUGAGGGACCAGUACUGCUUUGAAUGCGACUGUGGCCGGUGUCAAACCCAGGACAAGGAUGCUGAUAUGCUAGCUGGUGAUGAGCAAGUAUGGAAGGAAGUUCAAGAAUCCCUGAAAAAAAUUGAAGAAUUGAAGGCACAAUGGAAGUGGGAAGAGGUUCUGGCCAUGUGCCAAACGAUUAUAAGCAGCAACUCUGAACGGCUUCCUGACAUCAACAUCUACCAGCUGAAGGUCCUGGACUGCGCCAUGGAUGCCUGCAUCAACCUUGGUCUGUUGGAGGAGGCCUUGUUCUACGGCAUUCGGACCAUGGAGCCCUACAGGAUGUUUUUCCCAGGCAGCCAUCCUGUCAGAGGUGUGCAGGUAAUGAAGAUUGGCAAACUGCAGUUACAUCAAGGCAUGUUCCCCCAGGCGAUGAAGAACCUGAGGCUGGCUUUUGAUAUCAUGAGAGUGACACAUGGCAGAGAGCACAGCCUGACUGAAGAUUUGAUUCUUCUCCUAGAAGAAUGUGACGCGAACAUAAGAGCAUCCUAAAGGAGCCCAGUCAGGGGGAGAGAUGGCCUACACCUGUGCCGGCUGCCUUACUGAGGUCAAACACUGUAUACUUUGCUGUGUGAACCUCCUCUGCUGGAGAUGCUAUUAUGUGUUUACAUAGGGAAAUACAGACAGAUAUGUGGUUUUCAGUCUGCAAGUAUCAUUAGCUGUAGCAAAACACGAUUAUAAUAAAUAUAAAAAAUUUC